AAAUUUUGGCUACCCGUUUCUAAAAUUAGAAUCAAUUUCGAGCGAUUUAGGAUCUUCGAGCUAAAUCGAUUGCCCUACCCGUAAUUUCUAUCUAGGGCACGCAAAUCCCCGUGGCAGGUAAGAGAAGAGGCAGCAGGGUUCAAGAGGGGCAGCUAUGGCUUUGAAUGGCGGAAUCCGAUCCGGUCUCAAGCUUAUUACGUCAAAUGAAUCACUGUUAUCAAAAUCAGUGUCUCGAGGACUUCAUGCGACUGGAGUGAAGAAAAUGGGAGCCCAUGGCCACGACGAACCAUUCUAUAUUCAUGCCAAGCACAUGUAUAAUCUGGACCGCAUGAAGCAUCAAAAACUGAAAGUGUCUCUUGGCGUUCUGACAGCCUUCAGCAUUGGCGUUGGUGUUCCUGUCUAUGCCGUUAUUUUCCAGCAGAAAAAGACGGCUUCUGGAUGAUUCAUUCCCCCAACAUUAAACAGUUAUUUCAACCUUGAAUCUAAUAGUUUGGAUUGCACUUUUUUGUUUCUUUCUUCCUUUUGGGACUUAGUUUGUUAAAUAAAUCUACGUGGUGCAAGCAAAUGUGCCCUGCCCAGGAUCAGGAACUUGUUCUUGACAUGAAUAUAAAGAUGGCUUAUAAAACUUAUGAUUGCUAAGGCUAUACUUCUAUAGCA